ACUGUCGGGGUAUCUAUGACAAACCCUGAAGCAAAUAGUCAGAAAUUCGAAAGAGAAGCAAGUAGAUACUUUCUAAUGGCUGUUCUGUCCCUAAAGAAGUUUGCUAUUAUUACAAUUCUCCCAAUUUUUCUGGAAAUUGCAUUUUCGACGUCAAACAAAGACUUUUGCGGAAACAUAUUUGAAACUCAAGUUGAUGGUGUUUUAGCUGGACAUACCUUUAGUACUACUGUUGUUUUUCACGACUUUGAAUGCCAGCUACAGUGCCUUGGAAGUGAUAACAACUUCUGCAAGUCGUUCAAUGUACGACCAGGAAACAAAACAAAAGACCGCAUCUGUGAGCUGAACAACAGUACACGACAGCUGAAACCAAGUUAUUUUAAACGGAAAAAAGGAUCUAUAUACUAUGGCUCCAUACAGAUCUCGUGCAUUGUCAUCUCCCUCCAGCACAGUGGAAAAACAAAGAGCGGUCAAUGUCAUUUAGGUUACAAGGGGAAACAUUGCGAAAAAGUCGUCGGAAGUGGGUGCCCACCAGGCAAAAAGACAGACAAUCAGCAGGGCGCUUGCUGUGUCUUCCCUUUCACCUAUAUGGGGAAGACCUUCCACUCUUGUACCAAAUACAAUUGGCACACGUUGUGGUGUGCACUUACUGCUACUUACAAUGGAACUUGGGCUAACUGUGUUUCUUAGAGGAUGAAUAAAGAAAUACAACAAUACAUGACCAUGAUGGAUUGACAUAAAUAGAUGCGACCAACAUUGCACAGAAAGUAUGGUUUAGAUAGCGGCUUAAACUCCUCUGAUAGUUAUGUAUUUAGUUUACUGGAUUCGUGCAAUAAAGGCUGAAUUUUCAGUUUAUUUGAAGAAACAUUUGCCGGUGUAACGGACGCAGGAAUUUUUCUAAUAAUUUGAUUAGAUGAUGAAUAGAAAAGUUAACUCUUAUUUAUCCCAAUCAUAAUCCAGAUUGUACAGUCCUAAAUCCAUCUUUCAAAAUUGACUGCGGCCUUUUUGGUGUGACUAAAAAGAAAUCAAAAGACUAUUACUCUCUUUUUGUCAGUAAAAAGGCUUGCUUUUCAAAUAACACGAGAAAACUGAAGUUUUAUGCCAUUCAAUUUCUUUCUCGAAAGAUUUUGAAUUAUAUUAAUUAUCUUUCACAAAACAGCAGAUACAUCUUAAUUUGAAGGAUAUAUUAAUCGGUCUUUUAACACCAGAACUUCCCUUACUUAACUAUCUGUUACUUACAGGAAAAAUUUAUCUAUGGGCGUGUAGAAGGAAUAAAGAACUCCCAAGUAUACGAGGUUUUCAAUCAAAAGUCAAAUUAAAGUAUGAAACUGAAAAAUAUAUCUGUACAAAAAAGAAUAAUUUAGAUAUGUUUAGGAAGAAGUGGGCAAUGUAAAACCUAGAGGUAGUUGAAUAAUUUAGAAUAUGUCGGGCUGAAACGGGUGACUUUGCUAUGUCAACUUGUUCGUGAGUGUGUGUACGUGAGUGAGUAUGAAUUAGUUGUGUUAUACCGUAGGUCCUGUUUAUUAUGUUUAGUGCAGUAGUUAAGUAUUGUAAUGAAAGUUGUGUAAAUAGUUGUGUGCAAUGUAAUUAAAAAAAAGUUAUGUAUUUAGUUUACUGGAUACGUGUAAUGAAAGCUGAAUUUUCAGUUUAUUUGAAGAAAGAUUUGUCAAUAGACUUAAACUUUGCCGAUGUAACUGACGCGGGAAUUUUUCUAAUAAUUUGAUUAGAUGACCGAUAGAGAAGUUACCUCUUAUUUAUCCCAACUAUGGCAGCAUUUGGCUUGAAGUUGUAAUAAGAAAACUUCUUUCAAACCCACAAGAUAAUAUACAUAUUAUGGCUUAACUUAGACUUCUGAUUGGUCAAAAAAGUCUAUUGUUUAUUUGCCUGUAUACCCAAAGAAAACCGAAACAUCUUCAUAGCGCCACAUGGGGCGAAUUCCUCUUUUAUUUUUAACGUUAUCGAAUUUGAUAUCUAAAAUGCAGUCAAACUAUGUGGUUUCUUCCGCGUUCUAAGCCUUUUUUUUUCUCUACGCGGAUUACAUUAAAGAACCACAAAAAUUCUUGACUAGAAUCCCCCAAACUGCCCGCCGAGAAGGACAAGUUGGCAUGUUUUUGUUUCAAGAAUAUUCUAGCGACAAAGUGACUGGAUUUUCAUUAACUAAGAGAUAAUUACUUGUGCCUUUAUCUUGCAUAUCGCCACUUGUCGUCAGUUUUCUUUGCAAUUUCUGCUCAGUUUUUCUGUGCCAAGGAAAGUAAAGUUCAUCAUUCAUAGAUGUACAUAACUUAGUAAUAAUAAUAAUAAUAAUAAUAAUAAUAAUAAUAAUACAGUAUUUGUAGUGCGCAAAUUCCAUGUGGAUAUGCUCAAAUGCGCAUUACAGGAGUUAAGAACUAACCCUAAAUCAAAUAACAUAUGGAGGUAAAAUUUAGGAAAUCAUAUAACUAUUUAAAUCGUUAAAAACCAAGAGAACUGUAAUAAAUAGGUUAAGAUCACAAUACACAAAAUAAUUAAUAUUUAGCAGACUAUGAAAACGCAUCACGAAAUAAAUGUGUCUUAAGUUUA